UGAAGAUAGUACAGGUCUGCCCACAAGCUCACCACAGAGUGGUGAAAGCAGCCCCCUUCCCAGGGCACGAUGUGGACCAUCCAGCCCUUUCCCAUCACAGACCCAAAGCCCAGCUUGCCAAGCGCCAACUGUGGAGUCCGGACUCCCAGGACCGAAAGUACCCCCAAAGACUGAUAAGGCCGGAACAAUCCUGGCUUUGUUUUAGAAGGAUUUAUCCUGAGUUUGCAGUUGGCUUUUUAUCUGUUGUCUCAAUGUGUCUGACCUCUCAGGAGAUUCAGGGUCUUGGGGAGAAGGAGGCAGAGGACAGGGAGCCCGAGCAGCCCCUGCUGGGAUCUCAGGCAGCCGGAGUUGGGGCGGGGGGUGCGCGCGCCAGGGCGGGCGGGGCGCGGGGCCAGGCGGGCUGCGGGCACCGUCCGAGCCAUCUUCCCGCAGCCCCGCCAACCGCUGGUCGCUCUUCCGCGCGGCGGGCGAGGUCACGAUGGGCUCAGUGAGCCGGCAUGUAGGUAGUGCCCCGGCGGCGGCGGCAGGCGGUCCUGGAAUGUGCGAGAGGCGUGAUGACAGUGGCAGCCGGCCUCUUUGCGCAACACCUUCGCCAUAUAUACCCGGGCAGGCGCCGCGCUCUACCUGGCCGCCGCCACUCCAGCACCUGCAGAGGGAGCGCGGAACAUGGCUCCUUGGCCUGAACUGGAAAAUGCCCAGCCCAAUCCCAGCGAGUACAUGGAAGAGGCCUCGAGUCAGCAGCCCCCCACCACCGACAAAGGCAAGGGCACCCACAAAAAUGACAGCAAGGCCCCUGUCGCCAAGAUUGAACUUCUGCCAUCCUACUCCACGGUGACACUGAUAGAGGAGCCCACAGAGGUGGAUGACCCCUGGGACCUGCCUGCCCUUCGGGACACUGGGAUCAAGUGGUCAGAGAGGGACACCAGAGGGAAGAUCAUCUGUGUCUUCCAAGGCAUCGGGAAGUUCCUUCUGCUCCUGGGGUUUCUCUACUUGUUCGUGUGCUCCUUGGAUGUCCUCAGCAGCGCGUUCCAGCUGGUUGGAGGGAAGAUGGCUGGACAGUUCUUCAGCAACAACUCCAUUAUGUCGAACCCUGUGGCCGGCUUGGUGAUCGGGGUGCUGGUGACCGUCCUCGUGCAGAGCUCCAGCACCUCCUCGUCCAUCAUCGUCAGCAUGGUGGCCUCCUCGCUGCUGACCGUGCGGGCGGCCAUCCCCAUCAUCAUGGGGGCCAACAUUGGGACCUCCAUCACCAACACCAUCGUGGCGCUCAUGCAGGCAGGAGACCGGAGCGAGUUCAGGAGGGCCUUUGCAGGUGCCACCGUGCACGACUUCUUCAACUGGCUCUCAGUGUUCGUGCUCUUGCCCCUGGAGGCUGCCACCCAUUACCUGGAGACGCUGACCAACCUGGUAGUGGAGACUUUUCACUUUAAGAAUGGAGAAGAUGCCCCGGCGCUUCUGAAAGUCAUCACAGAUCCCUUCACGAAGCUCAUUAUCCAGCUGGAUAAAAAAGUUAUCAACCAAAUUGCAAUGAAUGAUGAAGCAGCCAAAAACAAGAGUCUGAUCAAGAUAUGGUGCAAAACUUUUACCAACGUGACUCAGAUGAAUGUCACCAUCCCCUCACCUGAAAAUUGCACCUCCUCUUCACUCUGUUGGAUGAACGGUACCCACACUUGGACUAUCAAGAACGUGACCCACCAGGAGAACAUUGACAAAUGCCAGCAUAUCUUUGUGAAUUUCAACCUCCCGGAUCUUGCUGUGGGCAUCAUUCUGCUCAUAAUCUCCCUGCUGGUCCUCUGCGGCUGCCUGAUCAUGAUUGUCAAGCUCCUGGGCUCCGUGCUUAAGGGACAGGUCGCUGUUGUCAUCAAGAAGACUCUUAACACUGACUUCCCCUUCCCCUUUGCCUGGGUGACUGGCUACCUGGCCAUUGUCGUGGGGGCGGCCAUGACCUUCAUCGUGCAGAGCAGCUCUGUCUUCACGUCUGCCAUGACCCCGCUGAUCGGUCUUGGUGUGAUAAGCAUCGAGAGGGCUUAUCCGCUCACGCUGGGCUCCAACAUUGGCACCACCACCACGGCCAUCCUGGCUGCCUUGGCCAGCCCAGGCAGUACAUUGCGGAGCUCCCUCCAGAUCGCCCUGUGCCACUUUUUCUUCAACAUCUCUGGCAUCUUACUGUUUUACCCGAUCCCGUUGACUCGCCUGCCCAUCCGCCUGGCCAAAGGCCUGGGGAACAUCUCCGCCAAGUACCGCUGGUUCGCCGUCUUCUACCUGAUCUUCCUCUUCUUUCUCAUCCCGCUGUCUGUGUUCGGCCUCUCGCUGGCCGGCUGGCCGGUGCUGGUGGGCGUGGGCGCGCCCAUCCUCUUCGUCCUCCUCCUGGUGGUGUGUCUCAAGCUCCUGCAGUCCCGCUGCCCCCGCGUCCUGCCUAAGAAGCUCCAGAACUGGAACUUCCUGCCCCUGUGGAUGCACUCGCUGAAGCCCUGGGACAGUGUCAUCUCCUCCGUCACCAGUUUGUGCCAGAGGCGCUGCUGCUGCUGCUGCCGAAUGUGCUGCCGUGUCUGCUGCCUGAUGUGUGGCUGUGGCCGGUGCUGCCGCUGCAGCAAGUGCUGUGAGGACCUGGAGGAGGGGCAGGAGGCACAGGGCAUCCCCAUCAAGGCCCCCAAGGCUUUUGAUGACAUAGAAGAGGUCAAGUCCCCAGCCAAUGCCCCAGGCUCAAAGGUCACCUCUGGCAGCACCGCCUUGUAGGGGGCCCAGGAGCAGGGGAGGACUUCAGGUCUCACUUGCUCUGCUCCCUCCCCACCUGCACCCUUCUACCUUUAGGAGAUCUGGCCCCUGUUAACCAGUGGAGUCACGACAGGUCCUCACUCCCUCCUGCCCAUUCUGUAAACCAGCCUGUGGGCCGGUGGUGUCUCAGCCUCUGGCCCCUUGGUUUUCCACUGCCAGGAAGGCAUGGACCACACUGAAGGAGACUCAGUGAGCCUGGCUGGAGAGAUGAUCAGGUCUGCACCUAACCAGGAUGCUCAACAGAACCUUUUUCAAACAUAAACCUUCCUCUCUGUUAGGAAAAGGCCCCAGAGAGGAGUGUAUGGAAAGGAAGGUUCUCAAAGGUGGAUGGGCAUGUGCAUGCCCGCGUGUGCACAGAGCUCGGACAUCUCUCUCACCAAAGUGUGCCUUCAGGCUAGAGAGCUGCUCCCAGCCAGCCUUGGCCCAGAUCCACCAGGUCGGGGACAUCCAGAGGUGUGGGUCUGUCCCAUUUCCUAGUGUUCUGCAAUGCCCUGUCAGGGUCCCUCACCUGGGCGGGUGCAGCAGCCUUUCACCUGUGUGGUCUUAGUGGAACAGGUCUCCAUCCCUCUCUGCCUCCCCCUACUGCUGUGUAGCUCUAUUUUUUUGGUCAGACAUAGUGGUCAACUUCCUUCAAUCUAUUCACGCAUCCACUGGAAUCUCUUUCCAAACAUUUUUCCAAUUUCCUGUGGAAAAGCUGUGGUUUGCUGCCCCUGUCCAUUCCUGUGCCUGUAAAUGUACAGAACUUUCUAGGAGCGGAGAGCCUGGUCUGCCCAGGGACCUUGCAGUGCAGUUCUGUGCACAUGUCCGUGAGUCAAAGGAGCACGGUCCUUCUCGUCCCAGAUGCCUUCUCGAGCCCCUGACCUAGUUACACCUCUACCACUGACCCUCCACCCUCUCACGGGAGCUACAGCCUGGUGGAGGUAAAGGCAGUGGGCUGGGCUCCGUGGCCACGCCCCCAACAACCACGCCCCUCCAUGACCACGCCCCGCCCGCUUCCCCUUGUCUUAACAGGUUGGGGCAUCUGACUUCACCCACCCCCCUCUCCCCAUGUACAUACCACUUCCCAAAUAGAGCCAUUUAUAUUCUAUAUUUAUAGUCACUCAUCUGUACAGCAUUUGUCCUAAGUUAUAUAGUAAAUGAUCAGGGGAUUUGUGCCUAUAGUGCCGUCAUUUGGAAAUAAGUAGGGGUUCUUCUAUGGAAUGUAAGGAAAGAGCCUCUUUGUAUAUUUUGUGUUACUGCCUUUUAAACCCGCCUCUAUGGCCACGCCCAUGCCGAACCCUCUGUAAAUAAGUAGUUUAAACCUGGGCAGGGGCUGUGACCAUCUUUGCACUCUGAUUUUUAAAAACUGAAUCCUUGUAUUUUCAUUGAUUGUAUUUUUUUACCGGUUAUGGGAAGGGACAAAUAAAGAUAAUCAA